CUUGCCUAUUUUGCUGUCCGUACCUGCACGUCAUGUCUCCCCUCGAUUUAUGUUCCGGGACCCCAAAAUCAUGCAUGUUUUUGCUUCUCCUUGGCAUACUGCAAUUUGGCUUAUCAAGAGGACUUUACUUCCACAUUGGCGAGACGGAAAAACGCUGCUUCAUUGAGGAAAUCCCAGACGAGACCAUGGUGAUAGGUAAUUACAAAACCCAGUUAUGGGACAAGCAAUCUGAAACAUUUCUCCCCUCUACUCCUGGCCUUGGUAUGCACGUGGAGGUGAAGGACAGUGAUGGAAAGGUCAUACUUUCGAGACAAUACGGAUCUGAAGGGAGAUUUACGUUCACCUCACAUACGCCGGGCGAGCAUCAAAUUUGCCUUCACUCUAAUUCAACACGAAUGUCCUUUUUUGCUGGAGGCAAGCUGAGGGUUCACUUGGACAUCCAGAUUGGGGAACACACCAAUAAUUACCCAGAGAUUGCAGCAAAGGACAAACUAACAGAGCUGCAGCUCAGGGUUAGACAGCUGUUGGAUCAAGUGGAGCAAAUUCAGAAGGAGCAGAACUACCAGAGGUACCGAGAGGAGCGGUUCCGAUUGACCAGCGAGAGCACCAACCAAAGAGUCCUGUGGUGGUCCAUUGCCCAGACCCUAAUCCUUAUUCUUACAGGCAUCUGGCAAAUGAGACAUCUCAAGAGCUUCUUUGAAGCCAAGAAGCUUGUGUGAAGCCUCUUACGUUGUACAUUUACUUGACCCAAUAUGUCCCCAGACAUAUGCACACUACACACCAAUAAACGUACCCAUGCAGCAGGUCCCCACACACACACAAACCAGCUCACACAAUAUUUUAACCAAUAAUACAGCAGAAAUGUGCAUUUGUAACUGAGAGCUCAAAUGAUGCCACUACAUUUUUUACCUGUGUAACCCUUUUUCUGAUGUGAGGUUACGGCCAGACUGAUGGGAGUGGCUAGCCACCGCUUUUCAUUGAGUAUGUUCAAAGUUGCCUACCUCCAACAUUUUGGCAGUAAUGUUACCAUGCCGAGAAAGGAGUUGCCCCACUGCCAACCUCUAUGAGGUCUCCAGCAGAGUGGCAUCCAUAGCACAGUUGUCCAGUUACAACCGCACACUGAAAUCCUACAUCUGUCAGCAGUCAUGGCAGAAGAGUUGAACCCCUGUUACCCAAUAAAGAAUGUUACUGGUUAAGUGCUUUGGUGGCUGAUCAGUGCAUUCUUGUGUAGUAGGCUUGCCCCUAUGAAUCCAACUGAGAAAACAACUACCAAUCAGAACCACUCUUAUCCACUGCACGGUUGCACACAUUUAUAAACAUUGGAAACUUUUUAACUGUUCCCGCCAGCUUUAUAAGAUGUAUCAACUACUUCUGCAGCUGAUUGUUGCCUGUUUUAUUUUUAGUCCAGUUUGUAUUCUAACUUGAAAAUGAAAACCAUGGACUCAUUUGCUGCAAAAGAGACUUUUUGUUUAAAUUUUUCUUUUAAAAUUGGUUCCUUUUGUCAGUUUGGGUCCAAUCUCUAUAUCUAAUGUGACCAGUUGUACCCAGCUUCUAUCAGUCACAUGCUGCUAGCCAUUCCCAUACACCUGUGAUAUGUGGGAAUAGCUUUUCCAGCAUCAGGCACUGUAUCACGUAUAAAGUUCAGUGAAGCAGUAAUAAUAUAGGUUAUUUUGUGAUAAAACAGAAUAAUAAUGUUUUUGGCAAAUGUAUUUAUAGCAGGGGGGGGUUAUUGUAGUUUAGUUUCAGUGUGAAUUUUAGUAUUUUUGUCUAUGAACAGUCAACAUUCAAAUGCAGAAAGAAUACAAUUCCAGUUAGAUAAACAGCAAGUGGAAGGAAAGCCUCACAGGCUGUUUGGGGGGAUAUAAGAAUUCAUAGGAGGUGGUGGGAUUUAGCCCACUUAUUUUCUGUACCCACCAUUCAUGUUUGUAUACAAUUACCUACCGGCCAGAUCAGCAGUUGCAAAUACAAGUUUCCUUACACAACUCUUAAAUGUACAGAGAGUGGGUGAAUGAAUGGCAGAUCUAACUCACAGCCCAGGUUUGUUGUUUAUAUUUUAUUCACAAAUGUUGAAUUUGAGUCAUUUUUGGAUUGUAAUAAAAAAAGAGUUGUGACAAUA